AUGUCUAUCCCCAUCGUUGACUUCUCCGCGUGGACACAGACAUCCAACAAGGAGGCGCGCAUCCAAGUUGCAAAGCAGAUUGUCGAGGCCAGCAAGGAGGUCGGAUUUGUGUACAUCACAAACCAUAAGCUAGCAGACUCAUUGCUAGAGGAAGCCUUUGAAUGGUCACGUGAAUUCUUUGCACUGAGUCCGGAGGAUAAACUUAAGGCGCCUCAUCCAGAAGGAUGGGCGGUGCAUCGAGGCUACUCAUGGCCUGGGUUGGAGAAAGUAUCUCAGGCUAUCAGUGAGGGGAACGACGAGGAACUAGUGAGAAAACUACGGGAAGUUAAAGAUUUUAAGGAAAGCUACGACAUGGGAAGCGACAACAAUUCAGACCAACCCAAUCAAUGGAUCCCAGAAGAAGUUCUUCCCGGAUUUAGAGAUUUUAUGACUCGCUUUUACUGGGACUGCUUCGGUGCAGCAUCCGAAGUCUUACGCGCCAUAGCUGUUGGUAUUGGACUAGAUGAUGAAGAUCACCUAGUACGCAAGCAUUCCGGGCAUAACAAUCAGCUCCGCUUGCUGCAUUACCCGUCUAUUCCAGCAGAUGUAAUUGAAAGUCAAGCCAUGGCUCGCAUGCCUGCGCACACUGACUGGAGUUCCAUGACGAUUUUGUUCCAAGACGACUGUGGUGGGUUGGAGGUUGAGGAUCUUGCCCAGCCCGGGAGAUUUAUUCCAGCAACACCAGUGAAAAAUGCAAUCGUUAUGAAUGUUGGAGAUUUAUUACAGAGGUGGAGCAACGACUAUCUUCGAUCAACGAACCAUCGAGUGACAUUGCCAAUACUCAAAGACCGCUUCCAAGGACCGGAAAGAAUGACUCGAGAGAGAUACUCAAUUCCGUACUUUCUUGCGCCCGAUCCAACAUCGCUCAUAGAGUGUCUUCCGACAUGUGUGACAGAAGGAAAUCCGGCCAAGUAUGAGCCCAUCACCCAGGGAGAUUAUAACCGCAUGAGAGCAUCGAUGCAGUACUAG